AUGUCUGGAGAUCAUAAAACCGUUAUCAAAGGUAAUCCAUCUCAAUAUGUCAAACUUAAUAUUGGUGGAUCUUUACAUUACACCACGAUUGGAACUUUGACUAAACAUGAUACUAUGCUGAGAGCCAUGUUCAGUGGACGAAUGGAAGUCCUGACCGAUUCUGAAGGUUGGAUUUUAAUUGAUCGCUGUGGAAAACAUUUUGGAACUAUAUUAAACUUUCUCAGAGAUGGAAGCACGCCACUAUCUGAAGAAACGAGAGCUAUAGCAGAACUUUUAGCAGAAGCAAAAUAUUAUUGUGUGACUGAAUUAGUCGAAUUCUGCGAAAGAGUUUUAGCACAAAAAAGUAGAGAAGCUGAACCCAUAUGCAGAGUACCAUUAAUAACUUCUAAAAAAGAAGAACAGUUACUGAUAUCAAACUCGAGCAAGCCUGUGGUGAAAUUACACAUUAAUAGGCACAAUAAUAAAUAUUCAUACACUACAACAUCAGAUGAUAAUUUGCUUAAAAACAUUGAGCUUUUCGAUAGGCUUUCAUUAAGAUUUAGCGGUAGAGUUCUUUUCAUAAAAGAUGUUAUAGGUUCGAAUGAAAUAUGCUGUUGGACAUUUUAUGGGCAUGGUAAAAAAGUGGCAGAAGUAUGUUGCACUUCAAUCGUUUACACAACUGAUAAAAAACACACAAAGGUUGAUUUCCCGGAAGCGAGAAUUUAUGAGGAAAGUUUAAAUAUCCUUUUGUACGAAAAUAGAACAGGACCAGAUUUAGAAUUGAUGCAAGCUACAUCAACGAGAGGAGCAGUAAGUGCAGGCAUGUCUGCUUACACAAGCGACGAAGAAGAAGAAAGAUCAGGAUUGGCAAGAUUGAGAUCGAAUAAGCAGAAUCCAUGA